CCCGGGCCCGGCCGCCUGUCCGCCCGCUGCCCGGCUCAGCUCUGCGCCCUUCCCUCCCUCCGGGGCUGGGCCUGCCCCCGUCCCCUCGCGGAGCCUCCGGUCCCGCAGCGCGUGUCUGUUCGUGCAGUGGCCGCCGCCUCCAGGCAGCCCGCGGAAAGCCGGCGUCGCCCCGGAGAACACAGCGCCCGCGGGGCGGCCGUGCGGCGAUGGUGUGCUUCCUCCGGGGAAUGGCCUUCGUCCCCUUCCUCCUGGUGACAUGGUCGUCCGCCGCCUUCAUCAUCUCCUACGUGGUCGCGGUGCUCUCGGGGCACGUCAACCCUUUUUUCCCCUACAUCAGUGACACAGGAACAACACCUCCAGAGAGUGGUAUUUUUGGAUUUAUGAUAAACUUCUCUGCAUUUCUUGGUGCAGCCACGAUGUACACACGAUACAAAGUAGUGGAGAAGCAGAAUGAAACCCACUAUUUCAGCACUCCUGUGUUUAACAUGGUGUCAUUAGUGCUUGGAUUGGUGGGCUGUAUUGGAAUGGGCAUUGUAGCCAAUUUCCAGGAACUAGCCGUGCCUGUGGUCCAUGAUGGUGGUGCCCUUCUGGCUUUUGUCUGUGGUGUGGUAUACACACUCCUGCAAUCCAUCAUCUCUUACAAAUCAUGUCCCCAGUGGAACAGCCUCUUGAUGUGCCACGUACGGAUGGCCAUUUCUGCCGUUUCCUGCGCAGCUGUCAUCCCCAUGAUUGCCUGUGCUUCCCUAAUUUCUAUAACCAAGCUGGAAUGGAAUCCAAAAGAAAAGGAUUAUGUGUAUCACAUAGCAAGCGCGAUCUGUGAAUGGAGUGUGGCCUUUGGUUUUAUUUUCUAUUUUCUCACAUUCAUCCAAGAUUUCCAGAAUGUCACCCUAAGGAUAUCCACAGAAAUCAAUGAUGACUUUUGAAAAAAGGAGACUCCUGUCUCACUCAGCAAAUGUCACAGACAGUUUCUGGAAGUGUCACAGAGGAUGGACGGGUUUGGAUGUCACUCUGAUUGGGACAUAACUGUGGCACAUCCAGGACUUGAAUCUCAUUAAGAAUUCCUAGUAGUUGUUCUAUUUACAAAGGUAUGUUUCCCUCCAGAGUGUAGAAUAUUUUUAACAUUGUAGCAAUAUUUUUCUAUUUUUCUAAGAUACUUUUUAUAUGACCUAAUUCAUAUGCAGAAAGACAGGUGUUACAGAAAAUGGAAAAUUCUUAUUUUUGUAUAUAUUCUGUUGGUUUUUAAUGUAGGAAUGAUUUAUGGAAAUAUAUACACUACAUGAAAAAAUUUAAGUUUAGUACAUUUAUUAAAAGAAGUCAAAUCAGGGAAUAUUCACUUCAAAAUUUCACCUUUUAGACAAUGAACUACAUAAAUUUAUGAGCAUUUAUAAAAUUAAAUUUAUAGUGAUUAUAUCUCCUAAUGUUAAAGAUUUAGCUAAUAAAUUAACACUAAGAUACUCUGAUUUUUAGAUGAACUAAGCAAAAUGCUUCUGCAGUCCGGCCUCGACACCGCUCACUAUGCACAUUAAUGAGGGAAUGUGGAAGACCCCUGUUAGGAGAUUCAGUCUCCUCAUUUGUUUCUCCUGCUCACAGAGCUGCGGCUUUUACCCUGCAGCUACCUGGUGGUCGGUCCGUAGUGAAUGUAUCUCCCAGUAGGGUGGCUCUGCAAUUAUAAAACCUUUGAUCCCAGCACUCAGGAGGCAGAGCGGGUGGAUCUCUGUGAGAUCGAGGCCAGCCUGGUCUACAUAGUGAUUUCCAGGCAAGCUGGGGCUGCAGGGA